CCAAUUUUUGUCAGUUUCAGUCGUUUUGAAUUCAGCAAACAGGAAGGAUCAGAAAAGCGGAAGAAAACAAAAUAAACGGAUAAUAAAAAAUUAAAGUUUUAUCUAUAAACGGUAUUGAACCGCAACAAGUGAUAAAUAGUAUCAAAAUUUUCUUUGGCAAUUAAAGUUAAACAUUAAACACAUCACUCAUCUCAAUUUCGCAAAAAAAAAAAUCUAAACAAAGACAGCCAUUAAAAAGAAGGAAGAAUUGCUGAUGACACCUGUAACCGGUUACAUAUUUUAACCAAGAAUUAUUUUAGGGCUUCUCUCUGUGGCGUUGUAGGAAAAACCCCCAACCGUUAUUGAACUUGAAACUAGUUCGAGCUAUUAUUGUGGUACGGUUGCUGGUGCCGGCCUAGAAUAUGAGUCAUCUGAAAAUGUAUAGCUGUUGUUGUUGGAGGGGCCGGUUGCUGUUACUGCUUGUGGUCAUCGCCUGCAUGGCUAGCGCUGUGGAGGCCCGUCAACGCAGACAAAGUGAGAAACCGAAUAUUGUCAUUAUUCUCAUCGAUGAUAUGGGUUUCAAUGAUGUCAGCUUCCAUGGUUCGAAUCAAUUUAUAACCCCCAAUAUCGAUGCCCUGGCCUAUAAUGGUAUAAUCCUAAACAAGCACUAUGUUCCGAAUUUGUGUACCCCCUCGAGAGCUUCACUGCUGACGGGGAAAUAUCCAAUACACACAGGUAUGCAACACUUUGUGAUUAUCAACGAUGAACCCUGGGGUCUGCCGCUCGAAGAGCAUCUAAUGCCCGAAAUAUUCCGCGAUGCCGGCUAUUCAACAAAUUUAGUGGGUAAAUGGCAUUUGGGUUUCUAUGACAAGGAAAUGACACCGCUAUAUCGGGGUUUCGAUCACCAUUACGGUUACUAUUCGGGUUAUAUUGGUUAUUUUGAUCAUACCCUGAAAAUUUUGCAAAAAAAUAUUUCUGGUCUGGAUCUGCGCAAUGAUUUGGAACCAAUGCCAGAGGUAAAUGGCGUCUAUGCCACGGACCUAUUUACGCAGGAAGCUGUACGCAUAAUUGAGGAUCAUAACGUGGAACGGCCACUCUUUUUGCUAAUGAGCCAUUUGGCUGUGCACACGGGCAAUGAGGAUAGUCCCAUGGAUGUGCUGGAGGAAGAUUUGGAAAAAUAUCAAUAUAUCAAGGAUCCCAAGAGGAGGGCAUAUGCAGCGAUGGUUUCCCGUUUGGACCAAAGUGUGGGCCAGACCAUAACAGCUCUCAAGGAUAAGGGCAUAUUGAAUAAUACCAUAAUUCUGCUAUACUCGGAUAACGGAGCCCCCACGGUGGGCAUACAUUCCAAUGCUGGAUCCAAUUAUCCAUUUAAGGGGCAAAAAGAGUCACCCUGGGAGGGAGGUAUACGUUCCGCCGGCCUUAUCUGGAGUCCUCUGUUAAAGAGGAAAAGCUAUGUCUCCAAUCAGGUGGCCCAUGCCAUUGAUUGGCUACCCACAUUGGCAUCUGCGGCAGGCAUUGAAAUUCCCAAACAUUUGCAAUUGGAUGGUGUCGAUCUGUGGUCAUCGCUGAGCGAAGCCCAUGACCCCCAACCCCGCACAUUGAUACAUGUUUUGGAUGAUGUUUUCGGUUACAGCUCCUAUAUGCGUGGUAAUUUGAAAUAUGUCAAUGGCUCCUCAUUCGCUGGCCAAUAUGAUACCUGGCUGGGUGAUAUUGCCUUUGAGGAGGCAGAUCCAUUGGCCAAUUUUUAUACCCAAGAGAUACUAUCAUCGCCCGUUCACUCUGCCUUGGGUGGUAAUUCUCAGCUAAAUAUUGAACUAAUCAAAAGGCUGAGAACAGAGGCCACGAAUGCAUGUCCUGUGAACAGUGAAAAUUACGAUCAGGAAAUCUACAAAUGUGAACCUCUGAAGGCUCCAUGUUUCUUUAAUCUGGACAAGGAUCCAUGUGAACGGUAUAAUUUGGCCAAUCUUUAUCCUUUGCAAGUGCAGUUUCUCGCACAGGAAGUGGAGGAGCUGAAAAGACAAACCCGAGAAUCCGCACGUGUCGCCUUUUCCGAUCCCAUGGCCAAUCCCGAGCGUUUCGGUGGCGUCUGGCAAUGGUGGAAGGGUACAGAGAAUGAUGAUGCUGCAGGAUCUGCAGGAAAUCGCCUGCUCAGCUGGCCGAGUAGACAGCAGUUGCAACUGCUAGGGUUAAGUGUCCUAUUGAGUCUAUUACAUUUUAUUGGAAAUUAUAUUUAAUUUAUUUUCUCCUUUGUAAAUAUUUUAGUUUGUAGCCUGAUUAUUUUCAAAUUGGCUUAAGACCAGCGGAGGCAUAGCUCAGCUAAAUUGUAAAUAAGUUUUUUAUACAGAAAUUCAAUAAAA